AUGGGCGCUUGCUAUCUUCCGAAGGGCAGACUAGUCUCCCGACACGAUACAAAAGCUUUCAAGAUCGUCAUCGAAACUCCUGGGAACGUCCAGUAUCUACAGAUGGUUCAUGACAGUGAUGACGACUACGGCCGGACCUUUGAUUUCAACCUUCACAGCACCGGACAGCCCGUUCCCAUGGCGUGGAAGAAAGACAACAAUGUUGAUGACCCCAACAGACAGCUGAUGGCUAUUUUUACGACCUAUACUUUGAGUUUGCGGCUGAGUACUGUUGGUGCCCUACAGAUCAAUAUGGACCUGGGUCCCGUGUUUGAGAAUGCUGUCAUCAAGAGGGAGGAGUAUGAAAGCUCGAGUACCAAUCUCAAUGCUGCUGCUGCUGCUGCUGUCAGCAGUUGUUAA